UCCACAUGUUGUGGGCCAAAAAUGAACAAAUAAAUAAAACCCAAAUGAGUCUAAUCAUAGUUCCCUGACAGCCUAGCGGAUAAGGAAUUGUCCUUGUCACUGCUGUGGUGUGUGUUCGAUCCCUACCUGGGGAAUUUCUGCAUGCCCCAGGCAUGGCCAAAAAAUAAAGUCUAAUGAAAGAUACAAAGAGAGCUUAAUGUACAAAAUGUAAAAUUAAGAGUUCCCGUUAUGGUGCAACAAGAUCGGCAGUGUCUCGGACUUCCCAGGUGGCUCAAAACAAGCUCGGCAGUCUCUGCAGCACCAGAACCCGGGUUAACCCAGCCCAACACAGAAGGAUCUGAUGAUGCCGGAGGUCGCAACUGCGGCUUAGAUAGGACCCCUGGCCCAGGAACUCUAUAUGCCUUGGGGUGGCCAAAAAGGAAAAACAAAAGACCAAAGAAAUGUAAAAUUGUAUUGGACGGUUGAUAUCCUGUUCUUUUAGGGAGGCAGGGCGGGGUCGGGAGGAAAAACCUUGCAGUAGGAGGGAUGGGCUGGAGAGUUGCCCAAUCAAGGGUCAGGAGAAACUUUGCAAACCGCCCCUUCAAGCAGCGGAGCCCCGCACCACCGUCCAAUCAGAUCUCGGGACCCAGGAGCACAGUCCAAUCAGAGCCGGGGGCGGGCGCAAUUUCGGCCCACAAGGACUUGGCGCUCAGCCCCAGGUGUAUCGCCUCCAUCGUUCUCACCUGCCCAGGUCGCGGAGCCGCGGCGAGGACGCCGGGGAGAGCCCAGAGCAAGGCGGAUAUGGGCUCUGUGGUCUUUGAAGACGUGGCUGUGAACUUCACCCUGGAGGAGUGGGCUUUGCUGGACCCUGCUCAGAGGAGGCUCUACAGAGAUGUGAUGCUGGAGACCUGCAGGAACCUGGCCUCCGUGGGUGAGGAGGGCUUCGCCCGUGCACUUAGUCCUUCAGGGAACAGGCAUUUCUCAUCAGUGCUGUUGCCAGACUUGAAAUGUGGGAAAAGCGAUUAUGAGACAUUGUCUAAAGCCAGCAAGUCAGUUGCUCAGCAAGAUACAUCUGAGGAAAAAAUCUGUCACAAACAGAAAAUAGAAAAAUUCACAAAAUAUAAUUCUUGUGCUGACAUUUUAGGAGAGUGUGGGGAAGAUCACAGUACUGGAGCUCAGAGAAACCAGGGCAGGCAUCUGAGCAGAAAUCACAAUGUGGGCAGAUUCUGUAAACCUAGCGAAGGAAAGCAACGUGGAGAAACCUGCAGUCACGUUCCCACUCUUCACCUGUACAAGACUCUUUCUUCCAGAAUCAAACCAUAUAAAUGCCCCAGAUGUGGGAAAGAAUUCAGGCAUCUUUCUUCCAUUUCAAGGCAUGUCAGAGCUCAUCAUGGACCAAAACCCUGUCCAGGUCAGGAGUGCAGUCAGGCCUGUGUCUGUCCCUCAAACCGAAGAACGCACACAAGAGAGAAGGCCUCUGUGUGUAAGUUAUGUGGGAAAGCCUUUCCUCAUUCCUACUCCCUUGCGCAGCACAUCCUGAUUCAUGCCACAGAGAGAAACUCUGAAGGCAGGCAGUGUGGGAAAACCCUCAGUGAGUCCUCCAGUCCUGCUAGACACGUGCAGACUCCUACUGGAGGGAAGCUGUAUCAAUGUAAGGAGUGUGAGAGAGCUUUCGUGUAUCCCUCCACGUUUCAAAGACACAUGAUAACACACAGCAAGAAGCCCCACAAAUGUGAAGUAUGUGGGAAAACCUUCCUUCAUCUCCAGUCUCUUCAAAGACAUGAAAAGGUUCACACUGGAGAGAAGCCCUAUGAAUGUAAGGCAUGUGGGAGAGCAUUCAUCUGGCCCGGAAGCUUUCAAGAACACAUGAGAACGCACACGGGAGAGAAUCUCUCUAACUGCGAAAACUGUGGGAAAGCUUUCACUUCUCUCAGAUCCUUCCGUGCCCACAUGGCAACUCAUACAGGACAGAAACCUUACGAGUGUCAACAGUGUGGAAAAGGCUUCAGUUGGCUCUCAUCCUUUCAGAAACACGUAAGAAGGCACCAUGAAGAGAAACUGUGAAAAUGUGGGAACGCUUUUGCUGCUUUUGGAGCCUUUCAGAAGCACCUGGGGACUCUCAAUGGAGAGAAACACAAAUGCACACAGUGUGGGAAAGCUUUCAUUCAAUCUUCAUCCUUAAAAAAUCACAUGAAGGUACACACUGGGUAGCAGCACAGUGACUGCGUGUGAUGCUCAAAAGCCUUAAGUCAUUCUGUCUAGAGGGAAAUCUUACAAUUAAGUAACGUUAGACACUUGUGCUAAUUCAUGUAUACAGCUCCAGAAAAUUCAUACCAGGGGAAAAAAUGAUAGAAGUUGGAAAUACAGUAUUGUCAAACUCUUUGUUCAGCUAUAAAUUUGAAUACUGUUUUUUUUUCCCCUGAUUUUUGCAGUUAAUAUUUUUUCAUUUUAAAGGUUAUUGGAAUUGUAGUGAUUGGAAAUGUGCUUUUUUAAAAUUCCUUUUAGGGCUGCACCUGCGGCAUCAGAGU